AUGACUGUAUACUACUUUUCGGGUGCCAUCUUCAAAAGAAACGAUGGAACAUGCAACGAAGCUAUUCUUCCACAUUAUUGGGGUUUUGGAAGUGAAUCACGGGGAACAAGUACAAAAAUUCCCGAUCCAUUUGCAGUUGAACUAGGAAACCCUGCAAAUAUUCCAGAAGGGUGGGAAGAGAAAUGGCUAUUUAACAUCAUGGUCAUUGAAACACGGGGCACAAAAAAUAGGAAAAGCUGCACUGAGUGUAGGUGUGACCAAUUUAAUCUCCCACAAAAUUUCUAUAAUGUGUCAACUGAAAUUCAUGGAAAACCAUUGAGCCCCGAAUAUAAAGGAGGAAUCUUUUGUUGCAAAGAUAACUUUCAAUGCAAAUUAAUAAAGGGAUUUGAAGCACCAAGGAGAAAGCUUGCCUUAAGAUACAAAGUAAUGUGGGUUGACUGGGACCAACACCAAAUUCCACUUAGAUUUUAUAUACUUGACUCCACUGAUCGAAUUAGAACAAAUGGUUCCGAAACAAUCCACGAUUGUCUGGCAGAGUAUACUAUUCUAGAAAAUAAUAGUGGUGACCGUUUUCACGUUCAAAAAUCUAGCAUCCCCAUGAAAAAAGGUGGUUAUCUUAUCUAUGGCACUGCUCAUAUGCAUACUGGUGUUGUUAAUGCAACACUUUACGGACAGGAUGGAAGGACAUUGUGUACAUCAACACCAAGAUAUGGAACAGGAAAGGAAGUAGGGAAUGAGGAAGGCUAUCUUGUAGAAAUGUCUAUAUGUUAUCCAACACCAGGUUCAAUCAAGAUUAAUGAUGGUGAAACUGUGACGGUAGAAUCAAGAUAUAAAAAUGAAUUUAUCACUGGAGCUAUGGGACAUAUCUACAUCUAUUUGGCUGAUCAAUUGCCAUACGAAACAUACACAUCAAACUUUUUGAAUUUGCAAUUGUUUGAUGUAGAGUUUCUUUAUUAUUCAUAUUCUAUUUAA